UCGAAGUACUACCAAUCCUAUGUCUAUUUAUUCACGAACAUCGACGUACUCCUAAUCCGAAGCUUGACGUUCAGGGUCACCGUGAGCCCAGCACAAAAUCCAUGUCCGAGCAACAGAGGCCGACCUGCAUUCACCCGUCUUAGUAACCCUUCUGGUGAAUACAACACCCCAAACCUCUGUAACACCCGCAUAUAUUGACCCCAUUCCGCUGGUUCCCAGGCCUCCCACCCAACUACUUAAGUUGAGCUUCAGGGCGCCCGACUUCAACCUCGCUUUCUGCACUUCAACACAUAGCCAGGAUCCUUUCAGUCGCUCGUGCAUUAUUCAACAUGGCGACCGCAUUGACAGUAGGCGUAGAGUGGGAAUUCCUCUUCGGCUACGUCGACGGCGACGAAAAAGACCCCUGGGACGGCCUCGGAGCCGAUCGCUUGACAUCCCUCGGCCUCGACCAGCCACUUUAUCGCAACUACCAUUCCAGCCAACUCGAACGACUAAAGAUCUACGAACACAUAAAGCAAAUCCUCGAGAACGAGGAGGAGCUCCGACGCCUCACAGGCGGAGCACGCGUCAUAGCCGAAGACGGCCCCAGCAACCGACACCCCGAAACGUACGACAGCUGGGUGAUCAAGCGCGACCACUCGAUCCGCCCCGAAGACCCAGACCCGGACUCCGACAGCGACUCCGACCCCCCCGCACCCCCACACCGCCUCGCCCAAGUCGAGCUCAACUCCCCGAUCUUCGACGCCCCCUCCUCCUCCUCCGGCACGCACGCCGCCCUCGCCCGCGCGACGCGCCUCCUCCGCCGGCGCUGCCGCCUCCGCGUCAACGGCACGUGCGCGCUGCAGGUGCACGUCGGUCUGCGGACAGCGCCCUUCACGGCACUGCUGCUGAGGAAGCUUAGGACGCUCCUCUGGCUUGCCGAGGGGAGGCUCGAGGGGCUCUGCCACCCGGGGAGGGUGCAGGGGUCCGGGGAGGAGGCGCUGUUGCAUUAUGCGCGGUUCCGGCAGUUUUCGGAGAUGGCGAAGACAGGGGAUGCUGGUGGAGGUCGUGGGGACGUGGGUGGGGAGGCGGCGUUUGGGGGGUAUCGGGUUUGGACUGGGGGGGUGCUGGAGGGGUUGGGGGAGGGGGUGUUCUAUGAUAUGUUGCGUGGGCGGGUUAGGUUGCUGUGGCGGGAUGAUGGGAGGGUGACGGUGAAGGAUGUGGCGAGGUUGUUGUGCGCUUACGACGACCCGUUGGUGAGGAGGCUGGCAUUCAACUUCCAGGGGAUCUACGAUCAGUGGGUGGGUGGUGCGCCGGGGGAUGCGCUGGGGAAGAAGGAAACCGUUGAGUUUCGGUUGAUGGAAGGUACCCUCAACCCAGACACGGUCACCAACUGGGUCCAGGUGUGCACGCAGAUCGUCCGCUGGGCCGUGGAAUCGAAACCGGAGGAGUUCCAGGCGGUGCUGGCGAAGCUGAUCGGCAGAUCCGAGGACUACACCGUCUUCGAGCUUCUCGCCGAUCUCGGCUGCGACACGCAUACUACAAUCCAGCACUUCUUCGACAAGCGGGAGGAUCACUUCGACUGCUGCAACCACUCUCCUCCCGAGACGGGCGACUUUGUGCCGGCUCGUUGUCCGAAGCAUGGCUGAGGCUGGAAGGGAUGGAAAUGGAAAUUGGGGUUGGUCUAGGUUUUGGCUCUCGUUUGAGGGAAUGAAGUCAUCUGCCAGUAAUUU